CUGUCGGUCGUUUCGCGAUGGCUGGGACGCGCGUUCUCGCUCGCGGGUAAAAACUCGCGAUGCGAUCGACCAGAUAUGGCAGGAUCGUGAUAGAGUUUCGUUUGUUGUGAGUGAUAUAAGCAACGUAGUCGUCGGGCACGUGGCCGUUGUUCAGGAUGAUGGUUGUCGACCUAGACUACGUGAGACACUACCUGAGCCUGCAGAUCAACGAAGUGGUCUGCUGGUGGUGGUACUACAUCAGGGAAAUCUCGUGGCAGCUGCUGAUCGCCCUGCUAGCGUACCUUUGUGUCUGUAUCUUCCUUUAUGCUCUUCUCAAGAGGGUAGGCCAUGCCGCUUGGCAGCUACCGGGUCCACCCGGCAAACUCCUUCUGGUCACUGCACACCCUGACGACGAGGUGAUGUUCUUCGGACCUCUGGUCUACUGGCUAACGCGCUCCAAGGUCACCGAGAUCUACCUGCUGUGUUUAUCAAUGGGUGGAGAUAAAAGGAGGAUAGAUGAGCUGUGGGCCUGUGCAAAGGUCUUAGGCAUCCCAGAGGCUAAUAUAACGAUUAUUAUGAGUAGCGAGUUACCAGAUGACCAGGCAGUACAAUGGCCAACAGAUGAGGUAGCAGAGAGUAUUUUGCAAUAUAUAGAGAUUUACAAGAUCAAUGCUGUCGUAACAUUCGACAAGUAUGGAGUGAGCCGACAUAAAAAUCAUAUCUCCUUGUACUUUGCGAUUGCUGCAUUGUGCAUAGAGAAGAAAGUACCUCCUUAUUGUAAAUUAUAUGUGUUAGAGUCCGUUAAUAUAAUCAGAAAGUACAUUCAACUCCUGGACUUGCCCAUUAGUUUACUCUCAGCUCCAUACUGGUACCUGGUGACACGCGAACAAAGGCGUACAAUCAAAAAGGCUAUGAGUACACAUAAGUCUCAAUAUGUCUGGUUCCGGAGAUUAUACAUGAUUUUUUCGCGAUACACAUUUAUCAACACCCUCCAAGAAGUCAGUGCUCUCGACUUGGAGUUAGAUCUCCAGUUCGACGAGGACUGAACACGUCCACGAACAUGUACAAAAUAUGUAAUUAACAAUUACUCUGUACAUACUUUGUCUAUCGAUAAAUACUACAACAAAUAAUGUAUAUUACACACAGUGAAAACCACACGAAAGCUACGGAGAUUUUUGAAAUACGUGCAAGAACAUACCUUAAGCGGGAAAUAUUUUUUUAUUCGUAAUUAAUAGAAUAUACAUCGUAGUUAUAUUUCCAAAUGAAAAUGCGACGCGUAGCUUUCCUGUCUAUAACAAUAAAUCGGUUCUUUUUUUCUCGCAA